UUACAGCAAUACAACACAUUAAAGUCCGUGUAAGGAACAAUGGACAUUCGCAGCCGAUUGGAUGCCUUUUUGAAGCUGUAGGCUAUUCUGGUUGACAAAAAUAAUACUGCCAUUCCCCAUUACAAAAUCAAAAAGGUUACUGUGAUGAACACGCCCCAUAUCGAAGUAUGGAUAGGUCUGCUUGGAUUUCACAAGGCUGAAUCCGAGUGCAGCGCACGAGCCAUUUAGUCACAGGAACCGGUAUUUGGUGUACUAGUAAGUCCCGAUGUCUGGUUCAGGUGUCACGGAUUUGUAAACGGCGGUGACAGAAAGGGAAAAACUAUUGAACAUGUUCUUUCGGUCAGCGAAUACAGAAAAUAUGUUAUAGCAUGUCUUGUAACUGAGAAUUGCCAGUCAGUUCGUUAAAAUGAAAAAGUUUACAUCCAAUGUUAAGUCACUGAACAGUUUGACCAGGCAUGCUUCAAACAGUGCCGUGGAGCAGGUUUGCAUGGUAGACUGUCCCCAGAUUAUUAAACCGAUCAGUUUGACACCUGUUUUUGGAGAACAUGUUUUGGGACCUGAUGGAGUGCUACACAAAGAUGGGCAGGAAGCCGUUAAGCCUAAACAGGAGAAUGGUGGUGUCAGUGAUGCCUGGCCCCCUCCAAAACUUGGCUUUGAUAACUUGGGCUUUGUCCCGGGGAGUCCUUGUGAGAUGUGCCCCCAAGCCAGAGGGUUGUGCUGUGGGGCCAGGGACUCUGCUGUGGGGAGAGACACACAGGUUCUGACACCUCCUGUUAAAUCUGCCCUGGUGAGGAUCAGGGUGGAGGGUAUGACGUGCCAGUCGUGUGUGCAGUCCAUCGAGGGGCGCAUAGGAGAACUGCCCGGUGUCAUGGCCAUUCAGGUGUACCUAAGUGACAAGGAAGCCUCAGUGACCUUUAACCCUGGGCAGGUGGGUCCAGAGGAACUGAGGACCCACAUUGAGGACAUGGGGUUUGACGCCAUUCUCACAAGCAGCCCCAUUCCAACCUCCUCCCAUGGAAGGAAGCUAGAAGUGAAUGCAGCGGCAGGGGAGGUGGCUAUGACCCUGGGUGUUGAAGGGAUGCAUUGUGGGUCUUGUGUGCAUAACAUCCAAGAGCAUGUGUCAGGACUUUUGGGGGUCUGUUCUGUAAGCGUCUCCUUAGAAACAAGGCAUAUGGACCUGAAGUAUGACCCCUCUCUGGUCACCUUGGAGAUGGUGAAGGGGCUCGUGGAGGGGAUCCCACCUGGUAAUUUUCAUGUGACCUUGCCGACCUUGCCAGUGGAAACUCCAGCUGGGAUCUGGACCACAAGUUCCAUGGAGAUGACCCCCAGCUCCCAACACCUGAACUCUGCAUCCACGUCCCAAACUUCAGACAGUGUUCCUUUUCCGGCUGCUACCAUUGGAAUCUUAGGGAUGACCUGCAACUCUUGUGUGCAGUCCAUUGAAGGGAUGAUAUCCCAGAGGCCUGGGGUUCAGUCCAUCAGGGUCUCAUUAAAGAAGGAAAAGGGAAUGGUGAUCUUUAAUCCCACACUGACCAGUGCAGAGGAGCUGAGGGAAGCCAUUGAGGAUAUGGGGUUUGAGGCUACACUGGAGAAAGAGCCCAGCUCCACAGACAAAGGGACAACCUCUGAACCCAAAGGCAAAACCUCUCCUUACCAUCGUCCCCAGCCAUCUAAUGACCUAGCAGCUAAAGUACCCAGAGACCAGCAGUCUGGGGAAGGGACCACCCAGAGGUGCUUUAUUCGUGUGACUGGCAUGACCUGUGCCUCCUGUGUGGCCAACAUUGAGCGCAGCCUCCUCAAACACAAGGGUGUGGUGUCUGUUCUGGUAUCCCUGAUGGCAGGGAAGGCAGAUGUCCGGUAUGACCCAAAGGUGCUGGAUGCAGUUGAAGUCACCGGACUCAUAUCCAGUCUUGGCUUCGGUGCCGCACUCAUAGAGACCAAUGCAGUUAUUGACGGGAAACUGGAUCUCUCUGUGACUGGCAUGACCUGUGCAUCAUGCAUCCAUAACAUUGAAAACAAACUGCUCGGGACUAAGGGGGUUUUUGAGGUCUCUGUCUCACUGGCAACCACAAAGGCUCAUGUGAAGUUUGACCCAGAAAUACUUGGUGCCAGGGACAUCAUCAGAAGCAUUGAGGCUUUGGGCUUUGGAGCGUCUCUGAUCAAAAGUGACGGCUGUGGGAAAAAUGAAGCAUUGGACCACCGGGAGGAGAUUCAGCAAUGGAAGCAGUCCUUCCUGUUCAGCCUGGUGUUUGGGGUUCCUGUGAUGGGUCUGAUGAUCUAUAUGAUGGUGAUGGACAGUCAGCACCAGGAGCACGGCGGCUCCAUGCCCCACGAGCAGAACGUCUUUCCUGGACUCUCUAUCCUUAACCUCGCCUUCUUCCUUCUCUGCACACCUGUGCAGAUCUUUGGGGGGCGAUAUUUCUACAUUCAGGCAUACCGCUCGCUGAAACACAAAGUGGCUAAUAUGGACGUCCUGAUCGUAUUGGCCACCACCAUCUCGUACAUCUACUCCUGCGUUGUCCUAUUGGUUGCUAUCGCAGAGAAGGCGGAGCAAAGCCCGGUCACCUUCUUCGACACUCCCCCCAUGCUGUUCGUCUUCAUUGCUCUUGGGCGAUGGCUGGAACACAUUGCCAAGAGUAAGACGUCCGAGGCUCUGGCCAAACUCAUGUCCCUGCAAGCGACUGAUGCCACCAUAGUCACUCUGGGUCCCGACAACUCCAUCCUCAGGGAAGAGCAGGUAUCUGUGGAUCUCGUCCAGAGGGGUGAUGUGGUGAAGGUGGCCCCUGGGGGAAAGUUCCCUGUGGAUGGGAAGGUGAUCGAGGGCAGCUCCAUGGCGGACGAGUCUCUCAUUACUGGUGAGCCAAUGCCAGUCAGUAAGAAGCCUGGCAGCUAUGUGAUCGCGGGCUCCAUAAACGGCCACGGAGCGCUGCUGGUGGAGGCUACUCACGUAGGGGCCGACACCACACUCAGCCAGAUAGUCAAACUGGUCGAGGAGGCCCAGACGUCAAAGGCUCCCAUCCAGCAGUUUGCUGAUAAACUGAGUGGAUAUUUCGUCCCUUUCAUCAUCCUCGUCUCUGUGGUAACACUGGUGGUCUGGCUCAUCAUUGGGUUUCUUGACUUCGACAUUGUUGCAGAAUAUUUUCCUGGCUACGAUAAGAACAUCCCCCACACAGACGUGAUUGUGCGCUUCGCCUUCCAGACUUCGCUCACAGUCCUGUCCAUUGCCUGCCCCUGCGCCCUGGGCCUGGCAACCCCGACUGCUGUGAUGGUGGGCACGGGCGUGGGCGCCCAGAACGGCAUCCUCAUCAAGGGAGGGGAGCCCCUGGAGAUGGCACACAAGAUCAAGGCAGUGAUGUUUGACAAGACGGGCACCAUCACCAACGGGGUGCCGAAGGUGACGCGUGUGCUAGUGCUGUGGGACCAGGCCCGCAUGCCCCUGCGGAAGGUUCUGGCUGUCGUGGGCACAGCUGAGGCCAGCAGUGAACACCCACUGGGCAUGGCCGUCACCAAGCACUGCAAACAGGAGCUGGACACAAAGACUCUGGGGUUCUGCCAUGACUUCCAAGCAGUGCCAGGCUGUGGAAUAAGCUGCAGGGUCUCGAACAUCGACGAGCUGCUGCGCAACCUGGACCAGACGGCCAUCAGCCUAGAGACCCACCUCACCAUACAGGGGGCCACUACAGACGAGAGCAUCCUGCUCAAUGGAUCUGAACCUGCGUGUAAUCCAGGCACAUACUCAGUGCUGAUUGGUAACAGAGAGUGGAUGAGGCGUAACGGUCUACACAUCACCACUGAUGUGGAUGAAGCCAUGACCAGCCAUGAAACCAAAGGACAGACUGCCAUCCUAGUGGCCAUAGACGGUGUGCUGUGUGCCAUGUUGGCCAUAGCGGACACAGUGAAGCCAGAGUCUGCGCUGGCUGUCCACACCCUGCGCAGCAUGGGCAUCGAUGUUGUGAUGAUCACAGGGGACAACCGUCGCACCGCUAAAGCCAUCGCUACACAGGUGGGCAUCAGGAAGGUGUUUGCAGAGGUGCUGCCAUCUCACAAGGUGGCCAAGGUGCAGGAGCUGCAGGAGCAGGGCCUGAGGGUGGCCAUGGUGGGCGAUGGCGUGAACGACUCGCCCGCUCUUGCCCGCGCUGACCUUGGCAUUGCCAUCGGCACGGGCACCGAUGUAGCCAUCGAGGCAGCGGACGUGGUUCUGAUUAGGAAUGAUCUUUUGGAUGUGGUGGCCAGUAUUGAGCUCUCAAAGAAAACGGUCCAGAGGAUUCGGAUCAACUUUGUUUUUGCUCUCAUAUACAACCUGUUGGGAAUCCCAAUUGCUGCAGGAGUGUUCAUGCCAGCUGGUCUGGUGCUGCAGCCGUGGAUGGGCUCAGCAGCAAUGGCAGCCUCCUCCGUGUCAGUGGUGGUGUCCUCAUUACUGCUCAGGCUGUAUAAGAAGACUCCGGUGGAGCUGUACGAGCUCAGAGCCCAGGGCCACAUGAAGAGCCUCAACCCCUCUCAGGUGAGCAUCCACGUGGGCCUGGACGACCGCCAACGCACGCCCCCAUCCGGCCGUCACACCUGGGACAGGCAGAGCCAGGGCGGCUAUAUCCCGGAGUCUUUGCGACCACCCAGCCAAGCAGCGGAAGCACCCUCUUCCUCCAUCGCCCUGGACCGGCGCUCUCUCCUGGAUGAUGAAGGCGAGGUGGACUUGAUUGUGUGACCCUGCCCCCUUCCCCCUCCCAAGGGCACACACAAGCAGGAAGGAAGGAGGACACCCAUCUUACAUCAUGGCUGUUGGAGAUUCAUGGGACUAUGGACCCCACGGAUCCUGCUGACUGAAGGUGACUAGGGAGACGAGUCCAAGGAAAUCUGUAAGGAUCAUACUGGAUGGCUGUGAAGAAAUUAGGAAUGGAAGAGACAUCUGAUUACUCAGUGGACAGCAACUACACAUUAUCAGGGGACAAUAGUGUACUUAAUAGAGCACUUAAUCACAUACUGUACCUUUCUUUUGUAUAUUCAAUAAUAGUUUACUGUGGGGAAUCAUUUCAUUUACACUGCAUCAGUUAAUGGAUGUCAAAUCUCAAUCAUCAAAUAAAGAUUUUACUAAAAA